AUGGAUAGUAAAUCAAGAAGAUGGCAUGCAGUUUGUAGGGACCCAUUUGGUCCGAAAAGAAAAGGCAAGGACCUUGGGCAACGAUACCCAUGUAAUUGGGAGGUUAAAGCAACGUUUAAGAAACGCGAUGGUAGCUGGUCAAUCAACUCAUGGGUUGAUCGUCAUUGUUGUAUGGGAGAUCACGAUCCAAGUGAACAUGUUAAUCUUACAUCAUCCAUGAUUACUCUCUGUAUUCGAAGUCAAAUUGAAAACGAUGCUGAAUUCAAGCCUUCUGCGGGAUCAUUCAGACAACUCCCCAGCUACGUGACUGAGUUGCAAAGUCAAAAUCCUGGGACAAUCGUUGAGUGGUUGCAUGACCCUAUAUUGAGUCAAGGUAAUAAGAAGGUGUUCCGCUACGUAUUUUGGGCAUUUGGGCCAGCAAUAGAGGUGUUCCAACUAGCAAAGCCAGUCUUAUCAGUUGAUGGGACUCACCUGCGUGGAAGACUGAAAGGUAAACUACUUGCUGUAGUAGGUUACGAUGCAAAUAAGAACUGUUUGCCUGUUGCUUUUGCUACUGUUGAUGAAGAAACAAAUGAGAGUUGCAGUUGGUUUUUGAAUCUUGUCAGAGUGCAUAUUAUAAAGCAUGAUCAGGAAGCGUGCAUAAUAUCAGACAGACAUCAAGGCAUUAAAAAUGCCAUGCAGUCUGAUGUGUGGAAAGAGGUACCAGUUGGUUAUCAUCGAUACUGUUUAGUUCAUGUUAGAUCGAAUGUGUUACAAAGACACAAAGGCCUCGGAGUGAAGAAAUGGGUAUGGAUAAUGGGUGAAGUAAUUGAGGAGCGGAGAUAUUAG